GGACACCAAGGUUGGUCGCGAAAAAAGUAACGGACGAAAAAUGGACGAGAAAGAAAUGCAACGUUGUUUUGAAAGUGCUGUCGAGUUGGCAAAGAAAGGAGGCGAGUUGAUUCGAGCUGCUUUUGAUAAGCCAAAGAGGGUGGAUUGUAAAGGAGGAUAUUCUACUGAUCUUGUCACGGAAACUGAUGAGGAGGUGGAGAAAAUGAUUCUCAUGACUUUGAGAGAGAGAUUCCCAACCCACGCCUUCAUUGGUGAAGAGUCGGUAGCUGCCGGUGAGCCGUGCACUCUCACUGACGACCCAACGUGGCUCAUCGAUCCCGUCGAUGGCACAACAAACUUCGUCCACAGAUUUCCAUUUGUAGCAGUUUCUAUUGGCCUUUUCAUUAAGAAAGAACCUGUCAUUGGUAUCGUCUACAAUGCUCCACAGGAUUUGAUGUACACGGCAAGGAAAGGUAUGGGAGCACAAUGCAAUGGUAGGGAGAUCCACGUGUCGGAACAAACGGAGUUGUGUCAAGCUCUUGUUAUAUGUGAGGUUGGUGGCACACGGGAGCCUGAGAGAAUGGAGGUUGUGAGGGAUAAUUCGUAUGCGAUAGCAAUGCCACCGGAUCCGGCUCAUAGUGUGCGUGCUGUUGGUUCUGCGGCUAUUAAUAUGUGCCUUGUGGCUUCUGGAUGUGCUGAUGCGUAUCAAGAGUAUGGGAUUCACUGCUGGGACAUCGCAGCUGGAAGUCUCAUAGUAACAGAGGCUGGAGGAGUUGUGAUGGAUCCUAAAGGUGGAUCUAUUGAUGUGAUGAGAAGGAAACUCCUCUGUGCCAGUUCACCACAACUAGCACAGCAGAUCUCAUCAUGUCUCAAAGACAUCGACCUCCCACAUGACUGACUGUUUGUUAUUCAUCAAAAAUUCAAUUUUGAAC